UUAUUUUUGCUCAUUUUUAAAAGAGGAGGGAAUUUUAGUUAUGCCGUAUGGACAUUCGCUUCAACGUGUUAUUCGUAAAUCAGAAAAAUUGUUUAAAACUCGUGAUCUAAGUGCAGUUACGUUUUCUCAUUUAAUUCCUGUAAAUAUUGAUGACAAUUCUCUUUCAAAUGGAUCUGUUUCGCUUCCACUAAUUCAACCUACUUCAUUACAAUUUUUGUGUAGAAACAAAAUUCGACAAUUAAUUCGCCAAAAACUUCUUGUUGACAAACCAGUUGAAAUUUUUUCGCUUUAUGCCAAAAAACAUGCCAAAAAAGCUUCUAGUAGUGACGAAAGAAAUCAACGGAAUCCUUCAAGGGACAAUCUUUUCCCUCCUAGGCCUAUGGUCUUAAAUCCACAUUUGCCUCAACUUUUGCCUUUAAGAACUCGUUUUACUUCUGUUGGUAUGUUUUUUUACUGUUGGUAA